AUGUCCUCAGAUUUUAAAACGGGUCGUAACGAUGAAUCGUUGUCUAGAACGGCAUCUAUUGAAGAAUCAUAUGUUUCCGAUAGACCUGAGGAACAUAGAGAGCUGUACGAUCAUCGCCAACAACGUGAACUGCCUCAAAGAAGGUUAUCGACACCUGCGAGAGAGCAGAGCGGUGGUCGGAGUAUCAUACGCGACCUCAGUUACUACGGAAAAUCUGAACAGCCACCUCAGUUUAAAACAAACGGUUUGAAUAUGGGAAUUUCUUUUGAGGAUGAUUCAGAUCAGGAAUACUCAGGUUUUGCACCACGUUAUGAGAAGCAUGGUAGGAGUAUAAAAACUCCUAGUUCACGUGCUCCACGCGUGGUGCAGGCUUCUCAUCAACUUUCACCGUCCGAAGGGUCUAAGGACGAUACAGGAGAGAAGACUGAUAGAAAGCAAAUGGAGGCAGGAGCGAAUAAAGACAGUGAAAUAGUUAGGGACUCAAGGGGCCAGGGCAUGAAGAAAAAGAGUCGGGCACACUCGGAAUCUUCAUCACAAGCCCCUCAACUUCCAUACCUGACGAGAUACUUAUCACACAAGUCACAAGAUUCAGCAGUUUUGAAUUCGAAACUUAACCGCAUGGUAUCCGUUGGCAGCGACGACUCAAAGGGGUCUAGACAGUCCCAGGAAACAGAGGAAGACGUUUGCUUUCCCAUGCAGCAACCAGAACAUACAAGGAUUAAUGGUAUUGACUUUGAUGAGUUGGAAGAGUUCGUUGCUGAUGCAAUGCGCGGCCACGGAUCACGCUACGAAACUGCGAUAACUGAUGAUAUUAUUGUCUCGGAAUAUAAUAAACUACCAUCUUCUCCAGGCACGUCUUCUGGUACUUCUACAUCUCAGUCAUCAGCAGCGUUGAAGUAUAUUCCAAAGAAUGUAUAUCAAAAAAAUGCCACGAACGACAAUGUUCCAGGUAUUUCAUUUGGUAAUAAUAAGAUUGAAGCCGACGAUUAUAUCCCUAUGAAUGAACUUUCUGCCCAACAAGGGGAGGGUUUGCCCGAAACAGGCGCUCCUAAUCCGGGAUUUAAUACCCUCCCACCUAGAUUUUCUUUCUUUCGUCCAGAUGCUGAGGACACUGUUCAUUCUCCAGACAUUCCAUCAUUGAUAGCUGAUGGGCAGACCUUCCGUAAAUUGUUUAAGGACGGUACUUCUUCAUGGUGGCUAGAUUGUAUCUGUCCCACCGAUGAGGAGAUGCGUUGUAUUGCGAAGGCAUUCGGAAUCCAUCCGUUGACAGCAGAGGACAUUCGUAUGCAAGAGCCUCGUGAGAAGGUAGAACUUUUCAAGUCCUACUAUUUUGUUUGUUUCCACACAUUUGAGAACGAUCCUGAGUCUGCGGAAUUUUUGGAGCCCAUCAACGUUUAUAUUGUUGUUUUCAGACAUGGUGUACUUACAUUCCACUUUACGCCUGUAUCGCACACCUCAAAUGUCAGGAGACGUGUAAGGCAACUACGUGACUAUGUUGAUGUGAAUUCGGAUUGGAUAUGUUAUGCCUUGAUUGAUGAUAUUACAGACAGUUUUGCACCUGUAAUCCAAGGUAUUGAGUACGAGGCUGACUUUAUUGAGGAUAAUGUGUUCCAAUCUCGCGACUCUGAUGUCGCACUCUAUUUGCAAAGUAUUGGAGAGGGCAGACGGAAGACCAUGACUUUGAUGAGACUGUUAAGUGGCAAAGCGGAUGUAAUUAAAAUGUUUGCGAAGAGAUGCCAAGACGAAUCUAAUGGCAUUGGCCCAGCUUUAACGUCCGAGAUAAACAUCGCCAAUCUUCAACUUCAAGCUAAUGAUAUGCCCCCAAAGGACUUGACCAAUUUCCAAUUACAAUCACCUGAAGUUUCAAGCUUCGAUUGGAAAAGAAGGACACAACCCAGAGCAGAUAUUGCUUUAUACUUAGGAGAUAUUCAGGACCAUGUGGUGACCAUGGUUCAAAACUUGUUGUCAUAUGAAAAGAUUUUCUCACGCUCUCUUGCUAGCUACUUGGCACAGCUCCAAGUAGAAUCGCUACGUUGUAACAAUAAAGUAACCUCGAUGUUAGGCAAGGUUACAAUGAUAGGUACGAUGUUGAUUCCAUUGAACGUUAUUACUGGUAUGUUUGGUAUGAAUGUCAAUAUUCCUGGAACAGAAGCCCCUGGUUAUAAUAUGUUUAUUGUGAUCGUGUUCUGCCUUGUAUCCUUAGCUGUUACAUCAUGGAUAUUCUCUUCUUGGUGGGUGUCCAGGAUUAACAGGGUUACUACAUUAAAUGAAUUAGCUGAACCAGGAACUAGAUCUGUUAUCAAUUUUAGUAGGUUCAGAGUCUCUAGGCGUGCUCCCAAAAUUCACCCCAGCAAAUCAGUUAAGAGCUUUCCAAGUAAGCUAAGCCGUUAUUGUUAA